AUGGGCAAGAUCAUCAACUUCCUCAUCUACCACUACGUCCCCUCCCUCGGCUGGAAUGCUUCCUUCCUCGCGCUCUUCGCUCUGAGCGCCCUGGUCCACUCUUACCAGGCGUACCGAUCCCGCUUCUGGAUCUUCUACCCCACCCUCGUUCUUGGCGCGGUCGUUGAAGUCAUGGGAUAUGCGGCAAGGGUAUGGAGCUCUCAAGAUGUCUACAAGCUGGACCCUUUCCUCAUGCAGAUCGUCCUGCUUGGAUUCGCCCCGGUCUACUUCUCUGCCUUUGUCUACAUCGUCCUCGGUAUGGCUAUCAAUCGGAUAGGACAGCAAUACUCAGUCCUCACUCCCAAGAUGUACUUCUACACCUUCAUCUGUGCCGAUCUGGUAUCACUCGUCCUCCAAGCGGUCGGUGGUGGUCAAGCCGCCUCCGGAGCCGCAACCGGCGCCCCCACCCAGACAGCCACCAACAUCAUGGUCGCCGGUAUCAUCUUCCAGCUCUGCACCAUGGCGAUCUUUGUCGGGUGCGGUAUCGACUUUGCCAUCCGGGCGGCGCGGGACAAGCCGUGGGCGUUUAGGGUCAGGCGUAUGGCUUCUGCCCAGGCUACUGCUACGUCUAUGCUCACUCCCACACCGUCCGAUACCGAGAAGGGAGCGGAGAUCGCGGGGUCGGAUCAGGGGGAGCAGGCAGAGUUGGGAAAGUGGCGGAAGAUAAUGGCGGCGACAUUCAUCUCUUCCACGAUGAUCCUGCUCAGAGGUGAGUCUCUCUCUGGUGCGUGGUGCUUGAGCUCACUCCCAGGCUUCUUCAGAUCGGUAGAGCUUUCACAGGGCUGGAGUGGGUAUCUUAUCAGCCACGAGAUAUACCAAGCUGUGCUCGAUGGUAUCCCCAUGGUCAUUGCUGUGGGCAUCUUCAACUUGGUCCAUCCUGGAUUGAUCCUCGGGCGCAAGGCGUCGUGGAGAGGGUACUAUUAG